AGUAGUAGUAGUAGUAAUAGUAGUAGUAGUAGUAGUAAUAGUAGUAGUAGUAGUAGUAGUAAUAGUAGUAGUAGUAGUAAUAGUAGUAGUAGUGGUGGCAGCAGCAGCAGUAACAUGAAUAGUAGCAUCAUUAAUAAUAGUAGCAGCAACAGUAGUAGUAACAUGAGAAGUAGCAUCAUUAGUAAUACUAGCAGCAGUAGGAGGAAGAGGAGGAGUAAUAGCAGCAGGAGCAUUAGUAGCAUGAGUAGUAGUAAUAGUAGUAGUAGUAGUAGUAAUAGUAGUAGUAGUAGUAGUAGUAAUAGUAGUAGUAGU